AUAUAACAAAACUAUUUUCAUUUGACUAUCUAAUUAAGUUAUCUCUUGAGUCUAUAGCAUUAUUAUUUUUACCUGAAAAUUAAUUCUUUUUUUUUAAAAAAAGGAAAUCUAAUCAUCAUUAACAUUAUCGGUUACAACAUCAAUAUCACCGUGAUCAUACACAUUCUAACAUGUCGCAUGAAACACUAUUUAUGUCAACUAAUUUUUUCUAAACAAUAAUGAAAACAAGCUUAAUGAAAUCAUCUUAUAUUUUCCAUUGAAAAAGCAAGAAAAACCAAGUUGAGUAGUUGUUUGAAUUGGCAAUUGAAACAUUUAAUUGAUAUGUCUUUUUAAAAAUGACAAUUAAAAUGAAACUAUAAUGUAUGGUUACAGAUUGUGAAUUUAAUGGUUACAUUAGCCUAGAAUUGCUAAUAAUAAUAAUAACAAUAAUAAUAAUAAUAAUAAUAAUAAUAAUAUCUAUCGUAUUUCAUUUGGUUUAACGAAUAAUAAAAAUGAAUAACAUCCGGCUCUAUUAACAUCAACAAUCACAUAGUACUUUAGUGAAAACAAUCAAAGUUUUGUGUGGAGAUUUUUAAUCAAUCAAAACCACGUGUUUUCUUUUCAUUCUACUCUAUCAAGAAGAAUGUCUCGAUUGUCUUUAAAACGUUCACCACCACAUACACCUACUUUAUCUAGUUGUAAUCAAAGUUUACACAAUGUUGAAAUUGGAAAACAUGUUGGUCGUUAUGGUCCUGGUUUUUUAUGGAGUUUAUUUGAAAGCAUGGAAUCAAAUACAAGAUUGAAACGUACAACAUUCAUAUUCGAUAAAAAAAGGUUGGAUCGAAUCAAUAAAAAUCGGCGACAAGAUUUAAUCUUGCAAACAUUACGGAAUGAUUUGAUAAAUUUAAACAAACUGAAACAUCCACGUUUUAUACAACUAAUACAUGAUAUUGAAGAAACUAAUGAAUAUCUCACUUUUAUAACUGAGCCAGUAAUAGGAAGUUUAGCAGACAUGUACAUAAAUGAUCAGGAUUCGUCUUUUUGUGAAUUAGAGAUUAUAUUUGGAAUAUAUCAGAUUACAGACGCACUAAGAUAUCUUCAUAGUACCCAAGAAUUAAUGCAUUGUAACAUAAAUACGGCGUCAAUCUUGUUGGUUAACAAAAGUAUAUGGAAAUUGGGUGGAUUGAAUUUUCUAGAAAAGAUUGUUGACACCACAAAGAUAACUCCAAAGUUUACUGGAUGUUCAGUAAAAGUACCAGUGCUUGCUCAACCAGAUUUAGAUUUUAUUGCUCCAGAAGCUCAGAUGUAUAAUUCCAUGUCACCGCUUGCCGACAUGUUUUCCUUAGGAAUGGUAGUUUGUGCUAUUCAUAAUCAGGGACAUUCUUUGAUUGACUCAGAGCAAAAUCCAAAUAUUUAUGUUAAACAAUUGCCUGAAAUCCCAAAUAAUUUUGAAAAAAUAUGUGAACGAUUACCCAGAGCUUUAUUAGAACCUGUACGUAAAAUGAUCAGUAAGGAUGUUCGUGAAAGACCGACAUCACAGCUUUUUGCUUUAUUAAAGGUAUUUAAUGAACCAGUAGUUCUUUCUUACGAAGGUUUACUAACAUUGAAUGAUAAAUCAUUAAAUCAGAAGAAAGAAUUCUUUGGCCGACUCCCUAAAGUUAUACCCUUAUUUGAACCUAAUGUCAGAUAUAAAUAUAUUCUACCACUUAUUUUACAGUGGUUAUAUGAGUCAAACGAAUUAAUUCCCUAUAUUCUACCAUCAUUUUUAACCAUGAUUAAAGUGGCGGAAUCUGAUGAUUAUGACAAAUAUUUAAAAUCCCACUUGCACAAAAUUUUAACGGAAACCAAAUCACUUCAGACAAGUAUGGUAAUUUUGGAUCUUUCAGAUUUCUUUAUUAAUCAUAUUAGUCAAGAUGACAUUGGAAAUCUUCUCCUUCCUGAAAUAUUUGUUUGCCUCGAACCGGGCACUCCAAAAUCUUUGGAAACUGUUCAGAAUGCAAUUUCAGUAUUGUCAAACUAUCUUAAUAAUACACAAAUUGUCCAAUCAAUUCUACCACAGCUCAAAGAAAUAUAUAAUCGUAAAACAUCAAAUCCCAAGAUUCGCAUUGCAUGUUUAGAAUGCCUAGGAAAACUUUUAAAAAAAUUAACAUUACCUACAUUAUGUGAUGAUGUACUACCAUUUGUUAGCUCAAUCCGAACAGUUGAUCGUGAAUUAGUUCUUGCUGUUGUGGCUUUGAACCGUCGACUCAUAUCAGAUAGAAACAAUGAAAUUUCGUACACUUACAUAGCUGGAAUGCUAUUGCCUUCUAUGGUGAACUUUCUGGCACUAAAAACACUAACUAUAUCUGAUUUCCGAACUGUAAUUAAUUUAACUCGAACAAUGCUAGAUCUCAUAGAUCGUCAGCGUUCAGUUGAACUAAGAUCACAAACUGGAUCGAAAUCAGUUGGUGGGAGCUGUUCUGAUAUGAGUUCAUCAUUUGGUGCACCUCGAAAUCUUCCGUUAAUUGCUAUGCAACGUCCAACUAUAGAUUCUGAAUUAUUAUACGUAGAUAUGGAUGAUUCAAAGCUUUCAAGAUCAAGUUUAGAUUAUCGUCGAAGUUCUGGCAGUGAAGUCACUGGAGCUAGUCGGUGGAGCAGAAACAGCUUGUUAAUUCAACGGUUACAGGCAUCAAAACAUCGAUCAGAAAGCCUAUUGUUCAAUACAAAGCACAGAAACUCCAUUGGUGAUCAUAGAUUUUGGAAUGAAAGUGCAAGUAAUCCAAAUUUUAAUUAUCAUGGACAUUCAAGUACAAAUUCUCGUAUAGGACCAAGUCCAUUUUAUAAUUCAAGUCCAACUUGUGACGAUCUAUAUAAAAUGAGAAGAUAUUCUGGAAAUAUUUUAACUCGAUCAACAGAUAAUCAAGUGAAUGUAUAUGAUAAUUUAGGUUCCUUAAAUGUUCCAAGAUACAACAACGGUUUUCUAGACCCUAGAAGACAUAGUUAUGGUUUUACACCUAGUACAUCAACGAAAUCUUUAAUUACAGUCAAUGUAUGCGAAGGUCCUUUUGUUACUCCGCUCAGUCACCGUGGUUCAAUACGUCGAAAUUCUGGUUGGAGCUGUGGUCAGUUUUCUGCUUCUCAAGUCAUGAAACCCACUGAUGAAGAUAUUCAAAGACGUUGCAGCUUGAAUGCUAUAGGUGAUCUGCUGGUGAGCUAAUUAAGUGAAACAAAGUUAAAUUAAUACUAACAUUCAUAGUGUAGUAAUAAAAUGAAAUACAUUAAGUUAUCAUAAAAUGCACACCUACAGUAAUAUUUGUAUACGAUGUUGUAAAUUUUAGUUACUGUACAUAUAAACGUAUAUAUAUAUUGCUUUUUAUCUAAUUUCCUUCAAAUAUCGUUGUUACUUUCUUGUCCAUUCACUUAAUGGUCAGUAAUAAUCACUAAUAAUAUUCCUUUUUAUUGAUUUCGAACAUUUUCAUUUUCCCGACAAGUUGUCUAAUGUAUGUUUUACAAUCAUUAUUCUUUCACACUACUUUUCAGUUUAGCAUGGUUUGUUUAACUAAAAUAAUAAUUGUUUGUGUAUAUGUUAUGCAAUUGUGAGACAAAUUAACUAAAAUCCAUUUGUUUAGAUUAAUUUUCUUUUUCCCAAUUCCAUUUUACAAAUAUCGUAAUGUUAAAAAAAAAACCCCAUAAUAAAUUCAGAGCAUUAGUUCACUGAACUCAACCAAGCGAAUCUAAAUUCACUAGUUUACCUAUUCGAAUUCAAUAAAUUUUCUGCAACGUGUAAGUUUCUGUCUCACUCUCAACUUGAUUGACUAAACAGGUUAUAGCUUCUUUAUUAAACCUUCAAAAUCCUAUCUAAUGAGCAAAAUUACUUGUUGAUUCCUCCCGAUAAGAUUGUUUCGAUAUUCCUAACAGAGUUCGAGAAUAAACCACAUAAUAUUCCUAAAUAGAUUGGUCUUAUGAAUUUUUAGGUAUCACUACAAAGGGUUGACUUGAUAAUUUCAAAUGUAAUGAGCAUUGGAUGGAUUGUUAUGAAUAAAAAUAAUUUAUUUGUAAUAUCCUAAUCAGUACGAAAACUAAAUUUUCUAACGUUUCGUGACUUAGUGUAAACCACUUCUUAAAAGAAUAAAUAAAAAUCAAAUUAACCCAAGUUUAAAUAGUACGAAGGAACAAAGCACAAAUAUUUGUUGCUAUCAAUCAAAAAUCAGGUCCAACCUAAUCAAUGUCAUAUUACUCCGGUCGAAGAGAUUUAUGUGACUAUGAAUUGUUUCUUGAUUAAUUUUCUAAAUAGCUCAUUAGCACUUUUAAAGAGAACAGUGUUAAUUUUUGUACUGAUUAGGUAAAUUCAUUUUUUCAUUAAUUUAUAAGAUGUACUUCAUCAGAACUAUACUCAGUGCCAUAACUUGUCUGAUAGUUAAAUUAAGAACUACAUCCUGUAAGAUCAAGCGUAUUGAGAUAAUUAACAUGAGUAUCAUUCAACAUAACAAAUUAUCACUUAGUUUCAUUGUAAUACAGUAUGUCAUGACUGACAAAAUUUAACUCAUACAAUUGAUCAUAUUAAUCAUUGCGCUGAUGCAAUGAAGUAGUAAAUGAGUUUAAUACUAAUAUAGUAUGAAGAUGUCUGAUGUAUGUAUUUACGAACAGUUUAGUGAUGAUUCUUAGCUCAGCAAUUAAACACAUAUAGGUGAAAGAGCACUUAAAUCGUUCAAGAUUUUAGAAGUCCCAUUCUUCCACCAAAAAAAUUAUGACUGUUUAGAAAUCUAUAAUACCAGCUUAGUGUAAGUUAAUAGUUAGCAUAUGUGAUACCAUAUCAACUCCUACUUAUUACACUAAGCAAAGUCAGGCUGUAGAAAUUGUCUAUUACUUACUUUGUCUUAUUAGUCAACAGUACAACUAUAUACUAAACAAUUUAAAAUGGUCCCACACACUACUGUUCACUGUAUAUAAGUAAUCAAAUUUCAAUGUUAAAUUAGGACAUCAAUUCAUUUCAAUUGAAUACUUCUAAGUACUUAUGUUUUUCUUUACAUUUUGUUUUUAACUUCUAAUUAGGUAUCAACAUUCAAGAAAGUUUUGUGAAAUAUUUACUAAAUUAAAAGAAGGCGCUUUUUAUCAAAAUUAUAAUAAAUAAUAUUGUUAUUAUUGUUUUAUUAUCAGAUUUAUAUUUAUGUUCAUUAUUUUGAUGUGUAUUCAACUUCAAUUUUAACUCCAUGUUUACAAGUUAUGUAAAAAUAAAUAAAUAAAUAAAUAAAAGAAAACGAUUCAAUGUUCAAUAAUCUUCCAGUGAACUUUCCUUUAUUGUCUAUUUAAUAAAUUGUAAAAAUUUGAAUUCAGUAACGGGAAAGAAAUAAUGUUCCGUAUAACAUAUUUUUGUUUUCUUUAAAAAGUAAGUGAACUUUUUUCAAAUAUUCUUAAACAUUCAAAAAUGUUCCACUUAAGUUUUGGAAAAAAUAAAUCGAUGUGACAAAAACAUUUCUCUUUAUUUUUGUUAAG